AUGUCUUCAGACGACAUCUUCUCCAACCAGCCCUCCAUCUCCAGCCUCCUCACCCAACUCCGCCGCAGCACCCUCACGCCUCACAACCGCCUCAAGUCCAUCCACGCCGACGCCGCCUUUGUCGCCCAAGUAGCCUCUUCAUUCUCCACCUAUUCUUCUGAUUCGGCUUCAGGUCCGGAGAAGCGCAAGAGAAAAAAGAGGCCGCUGGUGGCGAAUGAACGAUGCGGCAGCUGGUACAUCCCGCCAGACAGGAAAGAUGGAAGCGCGUACUUUAAGAGCACGGAUGGACAUGAGCGGGCCUGGAAGUUUAGCACUAGGAGGUUGAAUUUGCAUCUGAUUGACAUGAUUGAGGAGAAUGACGGAAUCAUCAUUGUAGACUCUACUCGCCGCGGCAAACGCAUGCCCGAUGCCCUCUCAACCACCAUCCCAAUAUGGUGCACCGUUCUCAACAUGGCCCUCCUCCCAAACAACCCCCUUUCUUCCAACCUCUUCCUCCCCCCUUACCUCCCUGCAUCCACACACUCUCAAAUCACCGCUCUCAUACCCACGUUUCUAUCUUCCCUCAAAGAACUCAACCUCACCUUCCCGACAUCUCUCACAAAGCCUCUUCGUCCCCUCUGGAUCACACAGGACUCCUCUCUCCCUCCUCCCCCAGACUCAGAUAACGACGAGGAUGAAGACCAAGACCAAGACCAAGGGGUCAUAUUCCAGGAAUAUCGACCCGUCAUCUGCUGUACAGCCAGUAGACGAGUCAUAGGCAGCGAAGUCGACGAAGGGGGCUACAUCCAAGGCGCUGGAGACGACACCGAGAACUGGGCCCUAGGCCUCACCCCAGACAUCUUCUGGGCCAACACAACAACCUUUCUCUCCGCCGCAGAAGCCGCCGUCCCCGACCUCAUCAUCAAGCUAGUAGAAGAAGCCAAAGCACAGCGCCAGUCCGCUCCCUCCGGCGAUGCAAAUCCAGCUACCCUCCCUCGAAAGCAACUCACACCACAACUCUCCGUCCGCCCCAUAUCACCACUCGAUCUCUCAUCGCCAAUACCCUCUGCACCACAACAACAACAGCCAAGCGAAUGCCUCAUCCUCCUCACAGAAACUCCUACACCCAAAGAAACAUGGCUUCUCUCACCAACGCUCCUCCGUGUCGGUCUCGGCAAACACAAAACCGCCAGCCGCAACCUCCGCCUAGCCCUCACCGAAAUAUGCUCCUUCGCAACCAAUUUCCUCCAGAACCACCAGCACGCCAACGAAACAGAUGCAGCAAGUAAUGCUGAGCCGCCUCAGAUCAUCGUAGCUUGUGACUCGGGCAGGGACCUUUCGGUAGGCGUCGCCCUCGCGUUGUCAUGCUAUCUCUUCGACGACGAGGGUCGCUUCCGCGUGCCUGACGAUAAGGUGGCGUUUACCAAGACGUUGGUCAAGAUGAGGCUCGGAGCCAUCAUGACGGUGUAUCCGGAGGCGAAUCCGAGUAGAAGCACACUGCAGAGCGUGAACAGCUUUCUGAUGGACUGGAGGAAUUAG